UUCUCGGGCGGCUCUUACAGCAUACUAGAGUACAUACUAGUAGCCAUCCCUCGCUGGAGUCGCCACAACCCGCCGACACCGCCAACGCCGAAUCCAACGAACAGCGAUCACGAUGGGCCUCGCGUACAACACUUACCUCAACAGCAACCGCAUCUACGGCUGCAAGGGCUGUAAAACGCACCUGGCCAACCAUGAUGACAUUCUGAGCAGGAACUUCCGCGGCCAGCACGGCAAGGCGUACCUGUUCCACUCGGUUGUCAACGUCGAGACGGGCGAGCCGUCCGAGCGCAGCAUGACGACGGGCCGGCACGUGGUGCGCGACAUCAGCUGCCGCAUGUGCAACGAGAUUGUCGGGUGGAAGUACGACAAGGCGUACGAGUCGUCGGAGAAGUACAAGGAAGGCAAAUUCAUUCUCGAGGCCGAGCUCCUUUCCUUGGUAAACUAGUAUGGGGAAUGCGGACUCGGUCGGGUCUUCUCAGGGGACUCUCGCGCUCAAAGGGAUACAACAAGAAACGGGGCAGCCCUGAGAAAGCGAGGGGGCG